CCUCAUGUCUCUCCCUCCAUCCGAUGUCUCCAUGAUAUUCUUGUGGGGGGUUCUAUACAAACUACGAAGCACCCAUCAGUGUUCGCUGCCCAAUCUCUCCGACUCAUUGCCUGACGUUCCUUCUUCUGAAUUUCGUCGACCCCACUUUUUUUUUCCCUCGAUUUCGAUCGGUGGUCAAAGUUUUCGGUGCAAAUUACUUGGUGCUUGAGCUGUUCUUCGAGUUGGCCAUGCUUUUGAAGGUGAGUUCUUCGUCAAUCCCCUGCCUUUAGGAUUCCAGUUGGGUCAUGGCAAUACUGUCGAACAAUUUUGUCGCUGGAGCAACUUUAUCGACUCAGUUCGCCGGUUGUUUAUGUGCAAUCCGCUCCAGGCAUUUGCAAUGGCUCGGUUCGGUGAUGAUGCAUAAACUCAGCUUGGUUUCUGAUGUGAAGGGCGAAACUUCAUGUUCUAAUUCGGUGAGGUUGAAUGAGUCUAGUGCCGUUAGGGUUGUGCUUAGUACAGCGAUACCAGGGUUAAUUUGUGAGGAAGAAAAAGAGGAAGACGUGGUUCCAAUUGAAAAUGAAGAAAUAGAGUCGAGUUUCCACGAGAAUGGGUUGGUUCCAUGGGGAGGUUCAGAUUUCGAUGACUUUGGGUCAGCUCUUGGAGGUGUAAAUGAGGGUCCGGCGACAUCAGAAUCGGUUGUUGUGAGCCAACAGGGCGUGCAAUUUCUAGAGGAAAUGGAUGCAGAGGUGUUAUCGAAGCGGGUUUUGGUGCUCAGUAGAAGAAACAAGGUUAGAAGUGCAUUGGAGUUGUUUAGGUCAAUGGAAUUGGCAGGUCUGCAUCCAAAUGCGCAUGCCUGUAAUUCUCUAUUAUCGUCCCUUCUGAGGAAUGGUCUUAAUGACAACGCAAUGAGAGUUUUUAGGUUUAUGAAGGACAAAACAAUCACCACGCAGCAUACUUAUAGCUUAAUGCUUAAAGCGGUUGCACAUGCUCAAGGUUGCGAUUCAUCGCUCAGAAUGUUUAUGGAAUUAGAAGAGGAAGGACUUGGGAAUAAGGAUUUUGAUGUUGUUGUCUACAACACCAUUAUAUCCAUUUGUGGAAGGAAAAACUAUUGGCACAAGUGUGAGAGGCUUUGGAUGAAGAUGAAGGAAGAUGGCCUUACAGCAACCAAAGUCACUUAUUCCCUAUUAAUCAGUGUGUUCAUCCGUUGUGGUCAGUACGAGCUUGCCAUUGAUGCUUACAAGGAGAUGGUCCAAAAUGGAUACAAACCAAACGCUGAUAUAUCGCAAGCUAUAAUUAAAGCAUGCACGAAAGAAGGUAAAUCAGAUUUAGCACUCAGCAUCUACCAUAAUAUGUUGAACAAUGGAAUAGAGCCAAAUCUGAUCACAUGCAAUGCAUUGAUUAAUUCACUUGGCAAAGUUGGAAAGGUCGAGUUAGCGUUCAAGGUCUAUAACAUUACAAAAUCUUUAGGCCACACUCCCGAUGCUUACACAAUGAAUGCACUUGUUAGCGCUUUGUAUCGGGCAAGCCGGCCAGGUGAUGCUCUUCUGCUCUUUGACAACAUAAUGAGAGAGCAGCCCUCUCAGCUCAACAUUCAUCUGUACAACAAUGCUUUGAUGUCUUGUUCUAAACUUGGGUUAUGGAAUAGAGCUCUGCAGCUUCUUUGGAAGAUGGAAACUUCUGGGCUAUCACUUUCAACGGCAUCUUGUAAUCUUGUCAUUAGUGCUUGUGAGGUUGCAAGAAAACCAGAAAUAGCUUUGCAAGUGUAUGAACACAUGAUCUACAAGAACUGCCCUCCUGACAUGUUUACCCAUCUAUCUCUUGUAAGAAGUUGCAUUUGGGGAUCUCUCUGGACUGAAAUAGAGGAAAUUCUCAAGCAGGUUUCACCCAAUGCGUCUCUAUAUAAUGCUGUCAUUCAAGGGAUGUGUUUGAGGGGCAAGAUUGAUUCUGCAAAGAAGAUGUACACGAGAAUGCAUGAGAAAGGGCUUAAGCCUGAUGGAAAGACACGGGCUUUAAUGCUUCAAAACUUGCAAAAAAGUUAGCUAGACGAGCUUCCAUUAUGACUUGAGAGCUCAGAAAGAACCAACACCGAGAGUAUAGCUAACAUCUUGUGGGAGAGAUGAUUUUUAUAAGCAAUUGCGCUUGGAGAAAGUUGGAAAUUAAAAGUGGUUAUGCAUACUGAUGAUUUGAAACCUGUUCAAGAAGAGAUCAGUAUAUCACAAUAGAUUCGUGUUCAUCAAGCAUAUUUUAUAGUUUAUAUGCUGAUUCCAUUCUGUUGUUUUCCAACAGCAUUUCUUUCUCCUACUUUGUAACUUUACAGAUCAAUGCAUAGCUGUGUGUAUAUUAUAGCAUGUGGGCUACAGAAGAUUAAAGGCUUCACUUGCAAAGUGUUACCAUCCUCUGAACAUAUUCAAAGGGCAUCAUUCUAGAAGGACUGAUAUGCUUAGCUCUGUUACACAGUUUUCUUCUGUAGCUAUGAUGUUGAUCCUGA